CAUGUAUGGCUUGCGUCCUGCUCAUCGUCUCGAACAGCGUCCAUGCAGCCAGUGGACAACGACACCUUUUUCAAACGGCUAGCUGCACUGUUUGAGACUUCGAAAGACUCGGGGUCAAUAUGGCUCACGCAUAAGCGAUUAAUCCGUGAUGAGGACAAUGCUCAAAUCCCCCUUACCGAUUCCACCGAUGAUAUCAACGAAUACCCUUGUCUCGUUCGCGUGACCGACGGCAAGGAGACCAACUUUUCCACCCGGGUUAAUCCCGGGAAACUUGAUGCGUUCCACGCGCAAUAUGGUACUCUACUGAAGGCCUCGAUGACCACGAUGCGAAAGCGUGAUAAAAAGCGGGAGCAGCAAAGGAAAGAGGAAUCUGCUCGCCGGAAACGUCGCCUGGCUGAAGAUAUUGCUAUUGAGGGACCGAAGCGCGGCAGCGGGCGUCGCAAGAGGCAACGCAAGAUGAAGACGGCUCAGAAGCUGGAAGAGACCCGGAAACAUGUGAAGGAACGCGAGGAGGCUCGUAACAAAGCAAAGGCUUCGUAGACGUGCAUUUCUUGUGAGAUUUAUGUAUUCAUAGCGUUUAAGUUGCGCGUGAUAUACGUGGAAGCGGUGAAGAUAGACGAUAUGGCGACUUCGUGUGAGGACUUAGCGAUCUCGACGCGUCUGUUUACAGCCAUUUUCGCUGCGCUUGAACGUGGAAUUUCUGGCGUGUGUCCUCGGAUCCCUGCAAGUACGAAUAGUACGUAUAAGAG